UUGUCCUCGUACUUCGGUCUCCGGUUUGGCACGUCGGCAACAUGAACCUCAGAGCCGCCUCCCGCGCCGCCCGCCCCUGGCCCAGCCCCCGGCUGCUGCUCCUGGGGCUGCUGCUCCUGCCGGCCGCGGUCGCCCUCGCCAGCGCAGACCCCGAAGAAGGAGAUGGGAACCUGCAAUGCCUGUGUGUGAAGACUACCUCCGGAGUCCACCUCAAGCACAUCACCAGCCUGGAGGUGAUCCGGCCUGGAGUCCACUGCCCCACCUUGCAAAUGAUAGCCACGUUGAAGAGAGGAGAGAAAAUUUGCCUGGAUCCUAAUGCCCCCAUGUCUAAGAAAAUAAUCAAGAAACUUAUGAAAAGUUAACUACUAGCUGACUAAAUCUGCAGUUACUAUAUAAUGUGUUUUGCUUUUUUUUUUUUUCAUUUUCAAUCUAACUGAAAAAAAUCCGAUGUGUUAUUAUCCUUCAAAUUUUAAAUAAAUAAAAUCAAUCAAGUUGUGGUACAUUCAAAAUAUUUCUUAAUAGAGCAAAGCGUCAGCAUUGUGUAUAAAAAGAAAUCUCCAGUAUUUAAGCAAAAAUAUAAUUUGAAGGAAGGCUUGGUUUAAUAAACACUGGUUUUCUUUGGUGUUAUAUGUUUUCCAAGACAUAUUUGUAUAAUUGUAUUACUUAAUAGCUACUUAAUUACAUAUUGUUAAAAUCCAUUUUGUCAAUAAAUAUAAAUAGUACUUAAGCUUUACUGGGAUGUUUUGUAAGAAAAAAAGUAUGUAAAUCAGGGUCUGCUUUUAUCCCCUUAAGAUUUUUACUCUACCCCAGUAUUAGAAAAUUAAGAAAUAAUAAAACCAGAACCUCUACUAUUUAAUGAAAGUAUAUUUUCCAGGGAAUUGUAUUAAACUAUUUUUCUCUCUAUUGGUCUUUUGAUAAUGUUGACAUUUCACAAAAAAGAAAUGUUAAGAACAGUUCUCAAACCCACAUUACUGCCUGUAAUGAAUCCUGUGUUUGGCAAACCUACCGAAUUGGUUUCUAUUACAUUCUGUUUGUAUACCAUGAGUGUUGCUAUAAUCAUGCAAAUGUCUUGCAUAGAUUUUUUUCCUUCAGUAUUCUCAAGUUCAAUGAAGCCUUAUUUUCAGUUUACCACUGUUCCAUAAAUCCCUUAACAUUGGAACUAUUGUGAUUAUGUCAAGCAGCUGUGAAAACCUGGAAAGAUGCAAGGUUGUAUUUUCAUUCAUGCUUUAGGAAGACACUACUAUACUUUGGGGAGAAAGGAAGGUGUUGCAAGAUGGGUGUGUUAGUUUCCUAUUGCUUCUGUAAUCAAUUGCCACAAACUCAACAGCUUAAACAGCACAGAUGUAUUAUCUUACAGUUCUGGAAGUCAAAAGUCCAAAUUGGGUCUUGUGAGCUAAACUCAAAGCAUCCUCAGAGUUCAUUCCUUCUGGAGCUCUAGGGGAA